AUGCCCAAUCGACAAAAACUUUAUAUCGGUUUGGGCGUAUCAGUUGGUGUUUGUACCGGUAUAGGUUUUUAUCUAAUUUAUCGUCAUCAACGACAAAGUGCAUUAUCUAAACCAAGCCGACCUUUAACACCAACAUUACUACUUCCAUCAUUGAGACCCUAUCAUGAUGAUCAGUAUGCUCAUAGGAUUUCUCCAUCUGAAAUUGAUAACGAUGAUUCGGAAUCCAUAGAAUUUCCACAUGGAAGACAAAUUCCUGAUGGGAGUGUUCCAUUAACCCCUGAUCAAGCUUCUAUUCUUACUCAUUUUCUUUGUGAAUGUAAUAAUGAUGAAGAACAGUUGCAUUAUGUUUUAACGAGUAUUGCAAAUGCAUCAACAUUCAAAGAAAGUCAAAUAAAUUUAGCCAAUGCUGGUUGCAUUAAUCAUCUUCGUAAAAUGCUUUUAAAUGCAGAUAAUGAAAAAACAAAAUGUAAAAUAUUUCUAGCUCUUCAUAAUCUUGCUUUAAAUGAUUUUGCUAUAACUCAAUUUUCAAGUAUUGUUUCUAUAGUCAUCAACAGAUGCCGUUUAAGUUCAUCGAAUUCACUUGUUCGUGUGAAUGGACUUACUUUACUGAUAAAUAUGAGUGUUCUUGAAUAUCUCCAUGAGGAAUAUAUGAGUAAUAUAUAUGAACUUGGUUUGUUGAUUGAAUCAACUAUUCAUUAUGAGGAUGAAGCUCUAUCAUCCGGAAAAGUUCUCGUUAAUUUAUCAACCAAUAAGUUAAAUCUUGAAAAUUUACUAAAAAUAACGGGUGUCGAACUUAAACCAAUUAUGAAUUUAUUUACAUCGAAAAUAGAUCAAUUAUCGAAAUCAGAAGAUAUUCUUCUUCGUUUUCUAUCUUUCUAUUGCAAUGUAGCUGAUAUGAUAGUGAAUGAAUUGAAAGAAAGCGAAGAUUCUAAUAAUAAUAGUAGCUCAUGGUUAAUCGACUCAACACAACAACGACAAGGGACGCUUUAUUUUGAAUUCUUUGAUCGUGAUAAACAAACAUUAGCUAAAUCUCUUCUUCGUCCACAAUAUACUUCUACUCAGAUAAAUUUUCAAAGGAAACGCCUUUAUCAACUGAUGGAUAAAAUCCGUCAAUAUCAACUUGAAUUGUCUGUUGCGUCCAAUUAA